GAGCUGGUUGAGGCCCCAGCUCCCCGGCAGAGGGGCCUCUCUCUCUCGGUUGGGGAGGCUUGCCCCACCCUUUACUAUUACGCCUAACACAUAAGAAAUGCCCAGGAAUUUUUUUUGUGGGGGUUGGGGAGGAAUGAAACGCAAACUCCUGAACCAAAGAGAGCGCCGCGGGGCAGAAUCGUCCAGUGGGGACCGGGACAGCGCAUCGAAAAGUGCCCUGGCCCAACGCCCGCAGGAACCCUGAACCCCUGGGCCAGCGCUGCCUUCUCUCUGAGAGGUCUCUAGCAUCUGCAGUGUCAAAGCCUUCUGAGCCUCAGGGCACACUGACGACCCUCACAGACCAGACGGAUGCGACCACGCCGGAAAUUCCCGGGAAUUCAAUUCCAAAACAAAUGUUUCCUCACUAACCCGGAUCUCUGUCAUUGGCGUUAGUCUCUGUUCACGUGACCUAUUUGGGCCAAUGAGAAGCGGCUGAAUUAGUACUUCCGCUUUCCGUGCGCGUUAAGGAGCCACUAUGCCCGUCCCUCGGAUACUCUGAUUGGCCAGCCUCUCUUAGCUUGUCAGUUUAUUGGCCAGCGCCGCUAGGCCGCGAUCGAGCCGGGUCCCAGAGCUGUGUCAGACGGCUGGGCAGCCAUGGCGUCGUAUUUCGACGAGCACGACUGCGAGCCUUUAGACCCCGAGCAGCAGACUCGAACCAACAUGCUGCUGGAGCUCGCAAGGUCACUUUUCAAUAGGAUGGACUUUGAAGACUUAGGGUUGGUAGUAGAUUGGGACCACCACCUGCCUCCACCAGCUGCCAAGACUGUGGUUGAGAACCUCCCCAGGACGGUCAUCAGAGGCUCUCAGGCUGAGCUCAAGUGUCCCGUGUGUCUUUUGGAAUUUGAGGAGGAGGAGACUGCCAUUGAGAUGCCUUGCCAUCACCUUUUCCAUUCCAGCUGCAUUCUGCCCUGGCUAAGCAAGACAAAUUCCUGUCCCUUGUGCCGCCACGAGCUGCCCACUGAUGAUGACACCUAUGAGGAGCACAGACGAGAUAAGGCUCGAAAACAGCAGCAGCAGCACCGACUGGAGAGCCUCCACGGAGCCAUGUACACGUGAGGAGGCUGGGGCUGAGCGCCGGCCCUCUGUGUCUUCCUUACAAACCUUGAAUCCUCAUUAAAGGUUUCUGUACUCACCCUGA